AUGAAAAGUUUCCACAAUGGAUUUGUACUGCUGCUGAUCUUGGUCACUGCCGUGUUUGGUUCCAUUAAGGAGACACCACAGCAGAUCGUUACCAAAUACAACAACUACCGGACCAUCUGUACUGGACUUGGAUAUCAAAACCUAAGCUGUAAAGAUGGCAUUAAAGGGAAAAGAUCAAUUGCUUUUCAAGCGUCACUAACCAAAACGUUGGAAAACAUGGGAAGUCAACAGACAGUGAUAUUUGACAAGGUAACCUUGAAUGAAGGAAAUGGUUAUGAUAAGAAGACUGGCGUGUUUACCGCCCCUGAGGAUGGUGUCUAUACUUUUAGCUGGACUAUAAUGUCUGCGGGCAGUACUUACUUUGUCAGUGAGCUUGUACACGGCGGUAAACUCAUUGCUUAUAACCAAGCGGAUGGCAGAGGCCUCACUGGCUAUGUUAUGACAUCAAAUAAUGCCAACAUAAAAAUGAAGAAACGAGAUAAAGUAUGGAUCAGAUCAAACGAUGGCAAAUAUGCUUAUGGUGGACAUUGGUGUAGCUUCUCUGGCAUUUACUUAUAA